AAACAUGUAUUUGUGACCACAACUCAAAAUGGCUUAAGAGUUGAAGUUUCCCGAGAAUAUUCCAGCUCGAUCGGCAUCGAUCCUUCAACCUGCGGAAGUAAAGCUGAGCUCUUUUGCCUUUUGCCGCAAUACCGGUCUGGUAGUCUAGCUGCUUCGGUGGUACUGUAUGCAUUUUUCGAUGGUCGUACUACGAAGUUCUGAUGACGAAGCUGUACCAGAUGGUUGGGAUGGGCUUGGCAUCAAUGGUCAAGCCCCCAAGUUUCUCCGUGCACUCACAUGGGGAAAGCCAUUACUGCAUGCACUUGCUUGCAAGGUUGCCGUCCUUAUCGUCCAACCCAAUCUUCUGCACUCAAUUGACGUCGUUCCCUGGCUCACACUCGGCCCCAUUAUCUGGUGAAACAGUCUCCAAUAUAGCAAAGUAGCAAGCUGCCACCAUGAAGUUCCCUGGACCAACACCUGAUGGUUUGCCGAGUGGUGAUGAUGCCGUGUCUGUUAGUUCUGCUUCCUUGAGCUUCUGCAACGAUGGCAUCGGGACUUCCACUACAACAACUCAUGAUGACCCAGUUCCUGUGAAGAGAGAUGAGAUCAAGGAGGUCCAAAAGAUGGCCAAGAAGGACACCAGAAGUGUCCAGCUCUGGCGUUUGGUGGCUACUGCUGCCCUGCUGGUUACUGCCUUUGUUGUGACUUACACCACUUACACUCUACUGAAGAGAGAGGAGAAGAACAAUUUUGAGACUGCCUUCCAGCAGUUUUCUCGUACUCUUAGCGAGAAUGCCGUGAAGCAAAUGUACGAGUUGAAAGAUGGUUUGGAUGAGCUGGGAAACUUCAUCUCUGUCUGGGCCAAUAGUGACAAGAACAACGAGUCCUUCCCAUUUGUCACCCUCCCUGCAUAUGAGACUAUAGCCCCUGGCAUCAUGGAGCAUGCCCACAUUGAGACGCUUGUCUAUUGUCCAUUUGUGAGAGCUGACCAGAAGGAUGCCUGGCUAGACUAUGCCAACAGGAACAAGGGCUGGGUGAUUGAGGGUCACAUGCAGCAAAUGGGAUCUCUUGAGAGACUCAAAGGAGGUCUACAUACCUAUAACAACAACAUGACAUUGUUGACUCCCAAGGGGGUCAUUCCUGAUCCAGAACCUCGAGACUACUAUUUCCCGGUGUGGUUAUACAGUCCUCCCCCAGCCGCCUACAGCAUCAUCAAUGCCAAUGCUGAAAGCAUUCUACCACAACUUAUUGCUGCCAUGUUUAAACUGCAAAAUGAGACUAUCUUUUCGCAAGUCAGAAGACACCCUGGAAUCCCUAUUUCAUUUUCAGCCGAAGAGCAUGCCACGUACCACUCCAAGCUCAAAAACUCUAACGUGUCUAAUCCUCAUUCCAUUUAUAUGCACCCAGUCUAUGCAAAGCCUGGCAAUAAGAGCUCAGGUGUUGCUGCAAUACUUUCUGGGGCGAUGGCUUGGGAUGCAUCUUUCUUGAACUUGCUACCUACGGGAGUGGAAGGAAUCCAUGUGGUCAUCAGGAAUACAUGCAAUCAAACUUACUCGUACAACAUUGUGGGACGUGAUGCUUUCUACCUUGGACCUGGGGAUCACCAUGAACCAGAUUUUGACAAAAUGGAAGUAGAAGCUAGGCUGGACUUGUCUACUCAUCCUCAUUUCAGAGAGUAUGUUAAGAGUGGCCCAGGUGGACCCUGCCAUUACUCCAUGCAUAUAUACCCAAGCACAACCUUCCGAGAACUCUACGACACCAACACACCCGAAAUCUUUGCAGCAGUUAUUGCAGUAACAUUUGCACUUGUAGCGGUCUCCUUCUUUAUCUAUGACAUGAUGCAGCAAAGGAGGAACACCAACCUCAUCCACAAGGCUGCUCAGAGUAACAGUAUCGUGACCUCCUUGUUCCCCGAUCAUAUGAGAGACCGCUUGAUGAAUCAAGCCAAACAGGAGCAGUCAGUUCAACAGAAAAUCAAGUCAAAGGCAGCUGUGUUUUUGAAUGAUGGUAUGGAGCUGACAGCGAAGAGCAUUGAUAUCAAUGACGCUCCUCUGGCAGACCUGUACCUUGAGACAACGGUUCUGUUUGCAGACAUAUCAGGCUUUACUGCUUGGAGUUCUGUCCGAGAACCAUCACAAGUGUUUCUUCUGCUGGAAACUCUUUAUGGUGCAUUUGAUCUGAUUGCUCACCGUCGCCGCAUUUUCAAAGUGGAAACUGUGGGAGACUGUUAUGUCGCUGUUUGCGGUUUGCCUUACCCCAGGAAAGACCAUGCUGUAGGAAUGGCAAAAUUUGGGCGAGAUAUCUUGCAAAGGAUGAACACAUUGACCAAAGAGCUUGAGGUGCUUUUGGGCCCAGACACCGGUGACCUCGGGCUCAGGAUUGGCAUUCACUCUGGCCCCGUGACAGCUGGUGUCCUUCGUGGGGAACGGGCUCGAUUCCAGCUUUUUGGCGAUACUGUCAACACCUGUGGAAGAAUUGAGGGUUCUGGCAUGUCAUCCAGGAUUCAUUGCUCCAAAGAAACAGCAGAGCUCAUUAAGACAGCGGGAAAAGAGUCCUGGCUUGAAAAGAGGCCGGAGCCUAUUGAACUAAAAGGAAAAGGCCGCCUUGAAACCUUCUGGGUUACUGUGCGUAACGACCGUGCUGGCAGUGUCCAUUCAAAUAAUGUGCUGAGCAAUGAGAAGCUUGUUCCUACUGCAUCUUAUAACAAGAGCAUCCAUGGACUGGAUGAGAAGACCAGCCGACUUAUUGACUGGAAUGUUGAGUCACUACUUCGAAUCUUGAGACAAAUCGUUGCUGGUCGCACAUCUCAGCCGGCACUAACAAAGACCUCGGCUUGGCAGUGUCAUCUCAAUGAGGUGCCACUAGAAGCUGUCAAAGAAAUCAUCCACCUUCCCGCCUUUGACAGCAAAAGGAGCAGGGACAAGCAAGCAGAACCUAAGACAGUGGAAAUACCUGAUGAGAUUGUCAUGCAACUGCACCACCUUGUGAGCGUCAUAUCCACACUCUACAAUGCCAAUCCAUUCCAUAACUUUGAACAUGCCAGUCAUGUUGUAAUGAGUGUCACAAAGCUAAUGUCAAGAAUCAUUGCCCCUAACCAGUUGGUCCUCCUGGAGUCUGCUGCUGAGCUUCAUGACCACACCUAUGGCAUCACGUCAGAUCCUCUUACCCAAUUCGCCUGUGCAUUUUCAGCGUUGAUCCAUGAUGUUGACCAUGUGGGGGUGUCCAAUGCCCAGCUUGUCAAGGAAGGAGGCUCAAUUGCUGCCAAGUACAAGGAGAGGAGUGUUGCAGAGCAGAACUCUUUAGAAAUUUCCUGGAAGCUCUUGAUGGAUGAUGAAUACGCUGAGCUCCGAUCUUUCCUCUUUGAGACCAGCUCUGAUCUGAGCCGAUUCCAAGACCUUGUCGUGAAUUCUGUCAUGGCAACGGACAUUGUUGACAAGGAUUUGAAGGCUUUAAGGAACCGCAGGUGGGACAAGGCCUUCAAGACAGGUGAAUUUGCCAGCACAGGUCAACUUGAAGAAGACAAUAGGGAUGCUGUCAACAGGAAAGCCAUUAUCAUUAUUGAACACAUCAUCCAAGCUUCAGAUAUCUCACAUACAAUGCAGCACUGGCAAGUCUACAAGAAAUGGAAUCAGAAGCUGUUUGAGGAGCUUUACGUAGCCUACUUGAAUGGAAGGAUGGAGAAGAAUCCCUCUGAAUUUUGGUACAAUGGCGAAUUUGGCUUCUUUGAUUUCUAUAUCAUCCCAUUGACACAGAAGUUAAAGGACUGUGGAGUCUUUGGUGUCUCAAGUGAUGAGUUCUUGAACUAUGCCCAAAAGAAUCGCGAGGAGUGGGCACUGAAGGGUGAAUCUGUGGUGGCAGAGUUCCUUGAGGAGUGCAAAUCCAAAUAUGGAGUGAAGGGUGAUCAGGUGGAGAUUGGCCACUUGCUGCCUCGUGGAUCUCCCACUACCAAGAAUGUUACGACUACUGAGAUCAUGCCGAGUCAAGACAUUGAGGUUUGAUGCCGACGAACUUCGACGUGGGCUCUCUGCACCCGAUAUGCCUUAGUUCGUAGUUCGGGAGUGGACGGGUUUCCGGUUCGGGAACACUUGUAAUAUCAAACGUCUACCGUAGCUUAUUAAUAGCAUACAUGUUAUAAUGAC